AUGUCCUUCCAUCACCUCCCCCCGGAGAUACGGGUCCAGGUCUAUAAGGAGUACUUCACCCAAGAAGGCGGCUACCAUUACAACCACGACACGGGACGGCUGACGCUUGCAGAUGGCGAUCCCAUUGAUUUGGCCCUCAUAUCCACCUCGAGACUCAUUGCCCAGGAAACACGCCAUCUCCCUCUUUCCCUAAAUACCGUCAACUUCUCUACUGGGUGCCCCGAAAGAUUGAAACUUGCGUCAUGGUGUAUCUACUACCUUAUGAAGGACAGUGCCAGGCAUAGUAGAUGGGCCUUUGAGCACUUCGGGCUACUCCUAACCCCAGAGGUCUACCAGACUGUAGCCCAAAGGUACCCGGGAUUUACACGCAUUAUGGACCAAAUGAUCGCUCGCCCUACUGUGAGAAAUGAAUUCAACUUCUUGUAUGUUUCGCACUCGGGCGGGGUGCCAUCUGUGGUUCGUGAUGCAUCACGGCUGCUCCUCCGUACCGUUCUCAGGGUCCACGGCCAUUCGCGGGUGGCUGAUCUCAUAUACGAAUCGUGGGAAUAUCAAUGUCCCAGCCAUCGAACUCGACUUCCUGAUCCUUUCAAGGUCCUCUUCCUGGACCAUGAGGAAUGGGCUAUGCCUUCGAAGAGCUUGGCCAAAAAGCUCGCACGGAAGUUGGCCGACAUCUCUAAAUUUCGGGGCCACCCUCCCGAUAUCGACUUCCUACGCCGUCCCGGCGACUUGAGGAGUUACCAUCGCCAUCUUAAAUUCCGCUACUCAGCAGCGGCGGCUGCGAUUAAUUUCCUCAAACAAAUGCCGAGGAAUAUGCGGCUUCGACUAAGGAAAGUCAGGCUCCUGGAGGACCAACCAUCCCUCCACGGGGCGUCAGGUCACGGUCGUGGCUUGAUACCUUUUUGCGUGGAAAACCCCUCCCUCAAGGUGGAGCGGAAAGUCAGCCUGUUUGGAAAUCUUUUGCAAGUUCACCAAGGUCUCCCAGGCACAAUUCGUGCGAGUGGGGUCCCCGGUGUCAUCUCCACAUGGCUAGUGGAGGCUUGGGGCCUCCCCUCAGCCGGCAUGCCUCCUGGCUCUUUCUCGCUCGUCAUUGACGGUGAGCCGGACCCUGACAGGGCCAGUGAAAUCUUCCAGGCAUUUAUGCAGCGACCCGCGGCCCUCCAGACCGCCUUUGACGAAGCCUCUGCCCGCGGCUAUUUCGGCAAGACACUGAGUUUUCUUAAACGUGUCCAUCAUCCCUGUUACCUCCUCGAGGACUUUCCUCGGGCCAUGGACCUUUUGAAUAACAAAGAUGACCCUCUGAUUACAAGCAAUUUUCACCCCGGUGAUCCAUGGGACAUCGAACAGACCGUACUUGACCGCCAACACUGGGACUAUGUUACUUGGGGAUGCCAGUGGUACAGUUUUCCUGACAUUGGAUAUGAUCACAAUGACGACCCGAUCAUUCCCAAAGAUGCGUUUACCGUUGGUGAAAACCAUACCUAUACACCUUCAUCUGGGGCCUUCAAGCACGGGAUCUUGGAGGCGCAACCCUAUCCGCUAGAUUAG